AUAUCGUUAUGAAGUUGUUGUCUAUCUAUCCUUUGUAAUUCAAUUUUAUCAUGGAUGAUAUGCGAAAACAGAUUAUAAAAAUACUUAAAGAAGGAGAUUUAGCACAACUUUCAGCCAAAAAAGUUAGACAGACUUUAGAAGAGAUAUAUGGGCAAGAUUUAACAUACAAAAAAAAAGAAAUUGAUGCUAUGCUUAUGGAGACAUUGGAGGAAAUGGAAUUGAAUGAUCAUUCUCAUGCAACAGAAUAUAAAGAUAAAAGUGCUAUACUUGAUAAAAAUAUUACUUAUAAUGGUAAAAUCUCUGAUAACAAACCAACAUAUUCCACUGAAGUUUCUAGUGAUCAAUUAUCAUUAAAUGAAGAUAGUUCUUUUGCAUCUGAUGGUGAUGAUUCACAUAACAAACAAUACAAACCCAAGCAAAAAUUUAAAGAAAUUUAUAAUAAUGAUAAAGUUGAAGAUGAUGAAAUUAUUGCUAGGCGAAUUCAAGAAGAAGAAAACUCAACCAGACUUCGGACAAGGCGAACUGUCAAAUUAAAAAAACACCAAACACAGAAGAAGACAAAAACUAAAUUUGAUAAUGAUGACCAAAAAAAGAGGAAAAGUGGUACCUCAUUAUAUUCUAGACCAUGUAGAUUAUCACCACUACUUGCUGACUUAAUGGGAAAUAAUCAAAUGCCUAGAAAAGAUGUAGUCAAAAGGAUGUGGGAAAUUAUUAAAGAAAGAAAUUUACAAGACCCCAAAAAUAAACAAUAUGCAUUAUGUGAUGAACAAUUGGCAAAAAUUUUUGGACGAAAGAAAAUUAGAAUUUUUGGGAUGAUGAAACAUUUAUCUAAUCAAAUUAUUGAUAAUAAAUAAGUCAGAAAUAUAAAUCAUUAUUUAUUAAUAUAUAA